CGCGGCGCGCCUCCCGAGCCGAGGCACUACCGUCGGCGUCGGGCUGCGCCUGCGUAUGUGUCGGAUUCUAGCAGUCGUGGACACCUACCUAGCUUGCUAGCUUUGUAUAUAAAUAUAUAUUUUGUACUUGACAGACACGUGGAUCGGGUCGCUGUGUACAAGCGGUUGACGGAAGCGUGUGGGCUGCGCGGGCCACAGAGAGGAGGACAUGAGUACGGCCAAACCAAGUGGGAUCAAAAUCCCAAGCAAGAUCACCCGGCCGGGCGUAGCACCUGCCAAGACCGCCCCCAGCGCUGCUGGGGCCAAAGCGGCGGCGGUGGCCUACAAGCCGUCAUCCGGCCCCCCCGAAGGGGAGCUCCAGGGGUCGGGGGAGGCCUACCAGGUGGGCGACCGAGUAUGGGUGAACGGCAACAAGCCGGGUGUGGUGCAGUUCCUGGGCGAGGCCCAGUUCGCCCCGGGCCAGUGGGCGGGCGUGGUGCUGGACGAGGCCAUCGGGAAGAACGACGGCUCGGUGGCGGGCGUGCGCUACUUCCAGUGCGAGGCCAUGCGGGGGAUCUUCACCCGGCCGUCCAAGCUGUCCCGCACGGAGGGCGAGGAGAACGGCACCCAGACGGCCCCGCCCUCGCGCGCCGGCUCGCCCACGCCCUCGGUCGCCAGCGUGGCCUCCCGCACGCCAGCGGCCAAGCCGGCCGCCGCCAAGACGGUGGCGGCGCCUUCCGCGCCGGCGAUGAUGACGGCGUCCAAUUUGGCGAGCAUCAACAGCGAGUCCAUCUCCAACCUAUCGGAGACCGGCUCGGUCAAGAAAGAGAGGGAGUUGAAGAUGAACGAUCGUGUUCUGGUUGGCGGUACAAAGGCUGGGGUGGUGCGCUUCCUGGGAGAAACAGACUUUGCCAAAGGAGAUUGGUGCGGUGUGGAACUGGACGAACCGCUAGGAAAGAAUGAUGGAGCAGUAGCAGGCACAAGGUACUUUCAGUGCCAGCCCAAGUAUGGCCUGUUUGCACCGGUUCACAAGGUCACCCGCAUCGGCUUCCCCUCCACCACCCCUGCCAAGGCAAAGACCGUCGCGCGGAAGAUCCCCGCCUCGACGCCCACGGGCCUGAAGCGCAGCCCCAGCGCCUCCUCCAUCAGUACCAUGAGCUCCGUGGCCUCUUCAGUCAGCGCCAAGCCCAGCCGCACCGGCCUGCUGACGGAGACGUCGUCGCGCUACAGCCGUAAGAUCUCGGGCACCACGGCGCUGCAGGAGGCGCUGAAGGAGAAGCAGCAGCACAUCGAGCAGCUCAUGGCCGAGAGGGACAUGGAGAGGGCCGAGGUGGCCAAGGCCACCAGCCACGUGGGGGAGGUGGAGCAGGAGCUCAACCUGCUGCGGGACGACCAGGACCAGAUGGAGUCCAAAAUGGACCAGCUGCGAGCCCUGGUGGAGGCAGCGGACAAGGAGAAGGUGGAACUGCUGAACCACCUGGAGGAGGAGAAGAGGAAGGUUGAGGACCUUCAGUUCCGUGUCGAAGAAGCGUGUAUUACCAAGGGUGACCUGGAGACGCAGACCAAACUGGAGCAUGCCCACAUUAAGGAGCUCGAGCAGAGCCUGCUCUUUGAAAAGACCAAAGCUGACAAACUCCAAAGGGAGCUAGAAGACACUAGGGUCGUUACCGUGUCCGAGAAGUCUCGCAUCAUGGAGCUGGAGCGAGACCUGUCCCUCAAGGGGGGGGAGGUGGCCGACCUGCGGCUGCGUCUGGAGAGCCAGCAGGGCCCCGGCGACCUGGAGCCCUCCCCUCUGCUGGAGGAGAUCAGCUCGCUGCGGGCGCAGCUCGCCUCCCUGGAGGCCCGGCGGCUGGAGGAGACGCAGACGCUCGGCGAGAAGCUGGAGGGCCAGGAGAGGGCCCACGCCGAGGCCCUGGCCCAGGUCCAGGUGGCCUCGGUCCGGCUCACGGGGGACAAGCAGCAGCUGCAGGACCGCCUGAGCCAGGCGGAGAAGGCGAGCGGCGACGUGGCGGAGCUGUGGCGCUCCAAGCUGGAGUCGGCCCUGGCCUCCCACCAGGCGGCCAUGGAGGAGCUGAAGGCGUCCCUCAGCAAGGGCGCCGGCGCCCAGACGGAGGAGCUGGUGGCCACCAGGACCACGCUGGAGCGGCUGAAGGUGGAGCACAAGACGGCCCUGGAGGAGGCGGCCGCCCGGCACGAGGCCAGCAGCACGGACUGGUUCGGGGAGAGGGAGGCGCUGAAGGCCCGGCUGCUGGGGCUGACGGAGGAGAAGGAGAGGCUGGAGGAGGCGCUGCACUCCAAGGUGGAGCGGGCGGAGGAGCAGCACCUGGUGGAGAUGGAGGACGUCCUGGGGAAGCUGCACGCCGCCGAGCUGGCGCUGAAGGAGGCGGACAAGGACAAGGAGACCCAGGAGGCGGAGCUGAAGAGCCUGAAACACAAGUUGACAGAAAAUGCAGAGGAACAGACGAUAUCUGCCAAAAAUGUGCAAGAAAUGCAUGAUAAACUCGGCACGAAGGAGGAGCAGUGCACAUCACUGACCACUGAAUCCGAAACCCUUAGAAGUCAACUUGCAGGCCUGGAGAGGAAGCUCAAGAUUGGGGAGGAGAAGGUGGAGCAGCUGGCAAAGGACAAGGCCCAGCUGGAAGGGGACAUCUCAAACAUGAUGAAGUCCUCUGGAGACAGCUCUGAGCAGCUCACCAAGAUGAACCAAGACAUCACGCAGAAGCAAAGGAGGGUGGAGGAGCUCCAGAGCCAGCUGGCGGAGGAGAAGGAGCGGGCAGUACAUCUCACCGAGCAGCAGGGGCAGGAGCUCUCCAGAAGAGAGCAGCAGCUGACCGAGACCAAAGACACCUUCUCUUCUCAAGCCUCCUCCCUCCAGGAGAAGAUCGUCCACUUGGAGAAGACCGUCCAACAAGGUGAAGCUGUGGUCGAGGAGCUGAAGGAGGCCCAGAAGAAGGCCUCCGAGCUCCACGCCAAGGAGCUGGAGGCCCUGCGGGCGGAGCUCAGCUCCUCCAGGAGCACAGCCCAGGAGCUGGAGAAGGAGGUCUCUGAGCUCCGGCCAUUGAAGGAGCAGUCUGAGCGUCUAUCAGCUGACGUUCAUUCCUCCCGCCAGGACGUUGAGCAGUUGUCCCAGAAAGCGGAGACGCAGAGUGUAGCUCUAGAGCAGGCGUGUAAGGAGAGUGAGCAGAGUAAGGUCCAGAAAGAGGCUCUAGAAAAGCAGCUUGCUGAGGUACAGGCCAAGCUGGCUGCACUGGAGGUCAGCCACAAGGAGGUUUCCCUCAAGAACGAGUCGUUGCAAACCACGACGGAUAAGCUCCUUAAUGACAACAAGCAGUCGGACGGGGAGAAGGGCUCUCUGGGUAAGGAGUUGGAAAAGGUUAAAAACCUUCUCCAGGAGAGACAAGCGGAAAAUCAAACCCUGAAGCAAGCGAAUCGUGAACAAGAGACCCAGCUUGAAGACCUUCGUAGAGAGAGCUCAGACCAACAGGAGACACUGCAGAAGCAUCAGCAGGACCUGCAGCAGUUGGAGUCGAAGAAGAAGCAGCUUCUAGAGGACUAUGAAGGCGUCUGCAAAGAGAGGAGCCAACUUCAGGAGGAGCUCCAGGAGACCGUGUCAAAGUCGACCCUGGAGCGGGAAACCCUCGUUUCGGAGAGAGACUCGGCCCGAAACUCCAAAAAAUCUCUUGAUCUUAAAAACUCAGAGUUGCAGGCGAAGCUUCAGUCCUUGAGCUUGGAGAAGGAAGAUCUCACCAUGAAGAACAGCCAGCUGCAAGCCGGGACCGAAACGCUGACGAAGGAGAAGGAUGAGAUGUCUGCUCAAAUCAGUGCGGUCACUUCUGAUAAGGAACGCCUGGACGCAGUGAACGUGGAUCUUCAGAACAGUCUUGGCACCACCAAGAAGGAUCUGGAGAAGACGACGAGGGAAAAGGACGAGGUCGAGGCCUCCAAACAGAGCAUGGCCAAGAUGCUCGAAGAGUUCAAGAUGAGCAGUCAGGUGACUGACUCCGAGAGGCUCCAGCUCCUUCAGGAGAAGGAGGACAUGCUAGCCGCCCAAAGAAAGGUGAUCUCUGAGAAGGAGGCACUGCUUAAGGAGAAGGAGGAGCUAACGGAAAAGCUUCGGGUCUCGUCGGAGCAAUCGGUCGAGUCCAACGAAAAGGUGAAGGAACUGUCUGCUACUUUUGAACAGCAGAACCAAGCGCUUAAACUUCAGAUAACAGAACAUGAGAAGGGACUGUGUGCCACGAAGAAGGAUAAAGUGACCCUGGAGUCUUCUCUGGAAAAUGAAAAGAUGGAGAAGGAGAAAUUGGUUAUUGAGGUGAAAGAACUUGAAGAGAAGAACUUGAAAACCACCUCUGACAAAACGGUUAUUCUGAUGGAGCGAGAUAAGCUAGCGAGUGAACUGCGGACCUUCAAGGAUCAGUUGGACAGCUCCUCCAAAACAAACACCGACCUUACAGAAGAGAAGUCCAGUUUAACAGCGAAAUUUGAGAAAUUGACGAAGAAAAAAGCUCAGGUUGAAGCCAAGAACAAUUCUUUGAGACAAGAAAAAACAGAUCUAGAGAAACAAUUGCAAAAACAUCAGGCUGACAUGGAAGUUCUACAGACGGGAAAAAACGAACUUAUCCAAGAGCAUGACAAGCUGAAAGCAGACGCCGAACAAGUUCGUUUGGAACUUGUGCAACGGGUGGAGAACCUUACCAAAGAUUGUACUCUGUUCAACUCGAAGCAGGCGGACAAUGAGAAGAACACACAGUUGUUGCAGAAGGAGAAAGAGGGUUUGCUCCAGGAAAUCCAAGAGCUGAAGGGAAAAGUACAAUCAGUGUCAGAGGCAAAGAGUCUUCUGGAGACUCAAGUUGAGGCUGCGACGGAAGAGAGGAAUAAAGCCACUUCCAGCCAGGAUGGCAUCUCUAGACAGAUUGUGGAUCUUCAGACGAAGGUCUCCUCUCUGACACAGGAAAACGCUAAGAUGUCUACCAGUCUAGAAAGCGAAGUCAAGGAAAAGAAAACCUUAACCCUGCAAGCAGAGGACAUGAGCUCUAAGCUGAAGCUGGUUGAACAAGAGCAGAGUAGUUUGGCAAAAGACAAAAAAGACUUGUCAUCUAAACUUGAGGAACUCCAAAAACAGACCAGCUCCCUGUCUUCAGAGAAGGAAACUCUUUUAGCCGCACAAUGUACGCUUCAGCAGGACCUAUCUUCGCUCCGCCUUAGCCAGGAGAGUAGCGAUGCAGAACACUCCAGACUCCUGGAGCAGGUAGAGCAGCUCAAAACAGCCAGGGAAAGUCUAGAGGCCAGUACCAAGGUCCUACAAAACGAGAAGGAGCUCUUAGAUAAACAGUGCAAGAGUGUCACUGAGGAGGCGUCAGCAUCCGACCGGGCGAGGGAGGGAAUAACCACCGAUAUGGCUGACCUGAGAGCUCAGAGGGACGCCCUGCAAACACAGAGGGACGAAGCCACCAAGCAAGUGGCCCUGCUUGAUGCCCAGCUCAAACUUGCUCUAUCUAAGCAGCUUGAGGCUGCAGAUGCCUCUAGUAACUCUGUAGAGUCCCUGGAGCGACUGGCCCAGGAGAAGAGCACUCUGCAGCAGGAGAUGAGCCAGGCCAAGGCGUCGCUCGAACAGCUCACUGUCUCCAAGAAGGAGAUGGAGUCACAGCUGGGCGUUUUGAUGCAGCAAAAUACCAAGCAUCAAGAAGAUCUGAACGUAUCGAAAGAGAAGCUCGAAUCCGAUGCUCAGCGAAUCAAGACUCUCUCCCAGGAGAUUGAGGACCUUAAAGACAAGUCUACCUCACUGGAAGCCUUGCAAGAGGAGAACCACAGGCUGAGCCAGCAACUGGAGAGCGACCAGCAGAAGAACAGUGACCUCGUGCAGGUGCAGCACCUCAAUGACAAGCUGGAGGGAGAUCACUCUCAGCUCAAAAAGAAGUUUGAGGAGCUAAAGCAAAGCUUGCCAAACAAUAUCAUAAGUGAGAGCACCUUAAAGAAGCAGCUGGAGAAGGAGAAGCGGUCUCCUGUGGGGACCCGCAAGCAUUCCACCUCCAAGAGUGCCUUAAACUCGGAGAAGGAGCUGGAGGCCCUGAGGAAAGAGCUCGCGGUGCUGCGUGGGGAGAGCUCCAAGAUGAAGGGUCUGCAGGACUCCGUGAAGGCCCUGGAGAAGGACAAGACCGGCCUCCAGGGACAGGUCCAGAACCUGGAGAAGGACGUAGCAGCAGCACGCGUCCCUCAACCCACAGGGGAUGCCGUCGUGGACAAGCUGAGGGAGGACAUGGACAUGGCGGAGAGCCAGAUCCAGUUCCUGAACUCGGUCAUCGUGGACCUGCAGCAGAGAAACAAGGAGCAGAAGGAGAAGCUGGAGACCCUGGCCACCGCCGCCCUCAACGGGAACAACCCCAGCGAGUUGGAUAACUACAACGGCUCCAACCAGGAGCCGGUGAAGAAGAAGGUUCCCCCGCGGUUGUUCUGCGACAUCUGCGACUGCUUCGACCUGCACGACACCGAGGACUGCCCCACCCAGGAGCAGAUGCCCGACUCCCCCCCGCACAGCACCUACCACGGCAGCAAGGGCGACGAGCGGCCCUACUGCGACAUCUGCGAGGCGUUCGGCCACCCCACCGACUCCUGCAACGACGACCAGACCUUCUGAGGGGGGGGGGGGGUUCCCCAUGUGACCACCAUUACUAUAUUUGCACAUUAAUUGUUUUGCAGUGCUGCUUUGUGGAGGGGGUUUAGAGAGUGUGUGUGUGUGUGUGUGUGUGUGUGUGUGUGUGUGUGUGUGUGUGUGUGUGUGUGUGUGUGUGUGUGUGUGUGUGUGUGUGUGUGUGUGUGUGUGUGUGUGUGUGUGUGUGUGUGUGUGUGUGUGAGACACCCAGCGCCUUCAUAUCCCAAGCCAAACCUUUCUCAAAGCGCUAUUACUGGGUGUCUCUCCCCUGACGUGUCGCACAAUCUUUUUACUGCAAAGAAAAUCUAAAUGCGUAUGCAUUGUGUUCUGCCCUGUUUUAAUAUGAGGGUGUACAUGCAUACGUGUUGCUGUCCUUUGUUUGUUUUAGGAUGCUAGGUUGCUUUGGGGCAAUAAGGGUAGGAGUUGGUUGCUUGCUCUGUUGUCCAUGCCAGAAUAUUCUCGCACACAUCUUCAAAGGGGCUACAGAUGUUAUAUCACAAGAGGUUUAUUUGAAACUGUAGAUUCCUUGACCUGGACUAGGGUUUGUUGGAAUGGGGGGGGGGGGGGGGGGGGAUGGUAUUAGGGGUCAAAUGUUGACAUAUAGUUUAUUUUUAUACGCCUGGAAAUACUAUCGUCUCCUGUCGGUUUUAUGAGGGAGUUUGUGAAUUGCGAGGCCACUAGCCGAGUUGGGAUAGCUUUUGAUGGGAGAAGAUGCGAUGAGCCUCGUUUUCAUUGGACUUUAUUUGUAGAAGUAUCAACUUGGGUGCAAACUUCGCCUGUUCUCCACGAGGAAAGCACUUGAAACAAACGGUCUCACUUUAAGGCUUUCGUUCCAAAUAUAUGGCCUUUACUCAAAUGUUACUUGCUGAUUAAAUUAUAAUUGCUCAGAUUGCGUUAAUAGAUUGCGUUAAUAAAUAAAUACUACGGUAAUUCUAAUGAUUUUUGAAAUUCUGUAUAAAAAAAAUUCUGUAUAAAUAAAGAGCUCUUGGUAAAAAUG